UCGCGUGUGCAGCUCUGCUCUAGCCCGAGCCCGGAGUGCGAGCCCGAGAGCGCCGAGCCCGGCUGGGGACCUCUCCUGCCCAUGGAGCAGGCAGCUACCAUGGCUGAGCCCCGGGGCCCCCUGGACCAUGGAGUCCAAAUUCGCUUCAUCACAGAGUCAAUGGGUGGUGACGAGACGGGUACCCUACGCCGUGGUGUGCGACGCCCAGCCAAGGAUGCAAGAGCCAACACCUAUGGAGUUGCCGUGCGCGUGCAGGGCAUUGCUGGGCAGCCCUUCGUGGUGCUCAACAGUGGGGAGAAGGGUGGUGACUCCUUUGGGGUCCAAAUCAAGGGGGCCAACAACCGAGGGGCCCCAGGAGCUCUGAGCUCUGACUCGGAACUCCCCGAGAACCCCUACUCUCAGGCCAAGGGGUUUCUUGCCUCCUCGCGGGGCAGCGCAUCUGAUGAGGAGCCUGGGACCCACUGGAAUGGAAGACUACUCCGUUCCCAGUCACAGGCCUCACUGGCAGUCCCUACCCCUAUGGCUCCAAGCAACAGGAGCACCAGCCUGCUGGAGUUAGCCCCCCAGGGGGCCUCCCCAGGUAGCGCCAUUGACACUGCUCCCCUGUCCUCAGUGGACUCGCUCAUCAACAAGUUUGACGGUCGCCUUGGGGGCCAGGCCCGGGGCCGGACUGGCCGCCGUACACGGACAUUGCCCCAUGAACAGCGCAAGCGGAGCCAGAGCCUGGACAGCCGGCUCCAACGGGACACCCUUGAGGAGCGGGAACGUCGGUCCCCCAAUGACCUGUCCCCUAGCACGAAGUAUGACAGCCAUGUGGGGAGCUCAAAACAGCCAGCCCAGAGCCAGAGCCCUCUCAGUGGCUUCAGCCGUUCCCGGCAGACCCAGGACUGGGUCCUUCAGAGUUUUGAGGAGUCACGUGGGAGAGCACAGGACCCUGCUAUGCUGCAGUUCAAAUCAACCCCAGACCUUCUCAGAGACCAGCAGGAGGCAGCCCCACCAGGCAGUGUGGAUCAUAUGAAGGCCACCAUCUAUGGCAUCUUGCGGGAGGGAAGUUCAGAAAGUGAAACCUCAGUGAGGAGGAAGGUCAGUUUGGUGCUGGAGCAGAUGCAGCCUCUGGUGAUGGCCUCUCCUGGUCCAGUUAAGGCCUUGGCAGGGCAGGGCGAGCUCACCCGAAAAGUGGAGGAGCUACAGCAAAAGCUGGAUGAAGAGGUGAAGAAGCGGCAGAAGCUAGAGCCGUCCCGGGUGGGGCUGGAGCUGGAGCUGGAAGAGAAGGCGGAGGAGUGCAGCCGAUUGAAGGAGCUGCUGGAGAAGAGGAAGGGGGAGGCCCAGCAGAGCACCAAGGAGCUGCAGAACAUGAAGCUCCUCUUGGACCGGGGUGAACGGUUACGACAUGAACUGGAGACUCAGGUGAUGGAGCUGCAGAACAAGCUGAAACAGGCCCAGGGUCUGGAGCCUGCUAAGGAGGUGCUAACGAAGGACCUGAUAGAAACCCGGGAGCUUCUGGAAGAGGUCUUGGAGGGGAAGCAGCGGAUAGAGGAGCAGCUGAGGCUGCGGGAACGGGAGUUGACAGCCCUGAAAGGGGCCCUGAAGGAGGAGGUGGCCUCCCGUGACCAGGAGGUAGAGCAUGUCCGGCAGCAAUACCAGCGAGACACAGAACAGCUUCGCCGGAGCAUGCAGGACGCAACCCAGGACCACGCAGCAUUGGAGGCUGAGAGGCAGAAGAUGUCAGCCCUGGUGCGAGGGCUGCAGCGGGAGCUGGAGGAGAGCUCAGAGGAGACAGGGCAUUGGCAGAGCAUGUUCCAGAAGAACAAGGAGGAGCUGAGAGCCACCAAGCAGGAACUCCUACAGCUGCGGAUGGAGAAGGAGGAGAUGGAAGAUGAGCUUGGGGAGAAGAUGGAGGCCUUGCAGAGAGAAUUAGGGCAGGCCCGAGCUGGUGCUGGAGAUACUCGCCAGGUUGAGGAGCUCAAGAAGGAGCUGUGCCGGACACAGGAGGAGUUUAAGGAGCUGCAGGCAGAGCAGCAGAGCCAGGAGAUGGCUGGGCGACACCGUGAACGGGAGUUGGAGAAGCAGCUGGGUGCCCUGAGGGUUGAGGCUGAUCGAGUCCAGGAGCUGGAACAGCAGAACUUACAGCUACAGAAGACCCUCCAGCAGCUGAGACAAGACUGUGAAGAGGCUUCCAAGGCAAGGGGAGCUAAGAUGGCAACAGAGGCAGAGGCGGCAGUGCUGGGGCAGCGUAGGGCAGCAGUGGAAACAACGCUUCGAGAGGCCCGGGAGGAAAAUGACGAAUUCCGAAGGCGCAUCCUGGGUCUGGAGCAGCAGCUGAAGGAGGCGCGAGGCCUGGGGGAGGGCAGGGAAGUGGUGGAGGCGCGACUUCGGGACAAGGUGCAGCGGCUGGAGGCAGAGAAGCAGCGGCUAGAGGAGGCCCUGAACACAGCUCAGGAAGAGGAAGGGAGCCUGUCAGCAGCCAAGCGGGCACUGGAGGCCCGGCUGGAGGAGGCCCAGCGGGGGCUGGCCCACCUGGGGCAGGAGCGGCAGGCUCUAAACCGGGCCCUGGAGGAGGAAGGGAAGCAGCGCGAGGCACUCCGGCGGGGCAAGGCCGAGCUGGAGGAGCAGAAACGUCUGCUGGACAGGACUGUGGACAGACUGAACAAGGAGCUGGAGCAGAUUGGGGGGGACUCGAAGCAAGCCCUGCAGCAGCUCCAGGCCCAGCUGGAGGAUUACAAGGAAAAGGCCCGGCGGGAGGUGGCAGAUGCCCAGCGCCAGGCCAAGGAUUGGGCCAGUGAGGUUGAGAAGACCUCUGGGGGGCUGAGCCGGCUUCAGGAUGAGACUCAGAGGCUGCGGCAGGCCCUGCAGGCAUCCCAGGCCGAGCGGGACACUGCCAGGCUGGACAAAGAGCUGCUGGCCCAGCGACUGCAGGGGCUGGAACAAGAGGCAGAGAACAAAAAGCGCUCCCAGGAUGACAAGGCCCGGCAACUGAAGAGCCUUGAGGAAAAAGUCUCACGGCUAGAAGCAGAGUUAGAUGAAGAGAAGAACACUGUGGAGCUGCUGACGGACCGGGUAAAUCGUGGCCGGGACCAGGUAGACCAGCUGAGGACAGAGCUCAUGAAUGAGAGGUCUGCUCGACAGGACCUGGAGUGUGACAAAAUCUCUUUGGAGAGACAGAACAAGGACUUGAAGAGCCGGCUGGCCAGCUCAGAAGGCUUCCAGAAGCCCAGCGCCAGCCUUUCUCAGCUUGAGUCCCAGAAUCAGGAUUUGCAGGAGCGACUGCAGGCUGAGGAGAGGGAGAAGUCAGUUCUGCAGUCUACCAACCGAAAACUGGAGCGGAGAGUUAAAGAGCUAUCCAUCCAGAUUGAUGAUGAGCGGCAGCAUGUCAACGACCAGAAAGACCAGCUAAGCCUGCGGGUGAAGGCUUUGAAGCGGCAGGUGGAUGAAGCAGAAGAGGAAAUCGAGCGGCUGGACAGCCUCAGGAAGAAGGCCCAACGUGAGCUGGAGGAGCAGCAUGAGGUCAAUGAACAGCUCCAGGCCCGGAUCAAAACUCUGGAGAAGGACUCCUGGCGCAAAGCUUCUCGCUCAGCUGCUGAGUCAACCCUCAAACAUGAAGGACUGAGCUCAGAUGAGGACUUCGAUAGUGCCUACGACCCCUCAUCUAUCACAUCGCUGCUUACGGAGAGCAACCUGCAGACCAGCUCCUGUUAGCUCAUGGUCCACAAGGGCCCAGAAACCCAGCUGGAGGCCUAUCCUGGCCAGCCCUUCUCUGCCCUGUCUUGCUGUGCCUUGCCCAGCCUUGGAUUCCUCAUUCCUAUGGGUGACCCAGUUAUUCAGACCUGAGAUAGGGAGGGGUCUGCGUGAUGGUGGUAAAAAGGCAUCAGCGCUAAGCUAAUAGAUGUGGACUUUCUCUUUCCUUUGGAGGAGUGGGUAUUUUAGGCCAACCGAGUCCUUCCUUUAAUUGCCGACCCCUCCCUCUUCCCCCUCAUGAAAGGAUGGUCAGCAUAUAAGCUGAGCAGAACUGAGCAGGAUAAGAAGGGAUAGACAUUGCCAUGUAUAUAAAGUUUUAUUUCUUCAGCCCUUAUCCUUAAGGCUCAGGGAAAUCCCCUAUGCAAUUCUGCUUCCCUGACUCCUGAAACCCAUUUUUCAGGAUGAGGGUGGACAUUAUGGGUAAUGGACACGCUGGCGUGCCUCUGCCCACUUAAUAUACGCUCCUCUUUGCACAGCCGUGGGCCAUGAGGUAGUCCCUAUACCCUUCCAAUUCCUCCCAUGCCAGUGCAUCCAAGGAACUCUUUCUCCUCUCCUUCUUAUUUUCACCAUUCCUACCUUCCUUCUUGCCUCUCAGUGCCUUAGCCAGGGUGAGGAAAUAAGGAUGCGCUUCUUGCCUUUUACACCUGCACAUUCAUACCUCUCCAAAGAUCAGCCUUCCUAUAACUGGGGCCCUCAGCCCUCCCUGCUGCCCUAGUGACUGCUCGGGAGCGCCACCAGCUUCUCUGCUGAUGAGCCCCUGGGAGAGGGACUUUGGUAGGGCUGUGAUCAGGUGGUGGGGGCCUGGUUCUGCUCAGGGUUUCUGUCCUUCCACCCCCUCCUCUGUGACUAUGGAUGUGGUUAUAAGGUGGUUACUCCUGGGAACUCUGACAACUGUCUAUACAAGUUCAAAACACAAAGAUCUUAAUCCCUGUGGCCUUCAUUGUGACUUUCCUGACCAAGUGCACCUAAUCUCAGGAGGGAACCCAGGAUCCUCAUUUUCUCAGGAGCUUGGCCCCAAUUCAGGGCUUCCUGCCUGGGGCUGGGCUCUGACUGUUGGUAGAAAUGGAAAGAGGCAAUGGAGGUUUUGUUUCUCCUUUGGAUUUGGGGGAGAGUCAAGCCCUGGUGGGAAGGAGGUAAUGGGAUGAUUCACCUCUCUUAUUAUUUCCUAAGCAGGCUCUGUAGGGAGCUGGGGAGAGGAAGGAGGCUGCCCUCACCAAUGACUUGUAAUUUCAUGAUUUUAAAAAAUGCCUCUGUUCCUCUGCAAAUCAGACAUUCGCUCAAGCCAAUCCAGCUUUGAUUUUAUUUUAAAUUAAAUAUUAAAAUUAUAUAUCUAUACUGAAAUCCUUGGUUUGUCUUCUCAUUUUUUCUCCUGGCUUCUUUGGCAGUCCAGGUUUUAUGCAGAAGCCAUUUUACUGUACAGCUUAGAGGCUGAAGCUGGAGUUUUUCUUCACCUCACUAACCCUUCACAACAGAUCAGGUGGGACCUGGGACCUAGGGAACCUGAGGUGUUUACAGCGGUCCCAUUGUUUGUGGGACAACCCUCUGGAAAUAUGGGAAUACCAAGGCCAGUAAAUGCCUUUGAGGAUUAGAGGGAAACAGAUCAGUACUAGGUUUUAUUCCCUUCGGUCACGGGGUAUGCCCAGCAUUCACCUCCCAGCUACAAAAAUCCCCACCGAUUCCUACCUGACAUAGGACCCAGUCCCUACCUGGGAGAUAGGGAAGUUCUGCCAUCCUGGCCCUUGUGUUGACUUGAAGAGGGAGCCAGUUGUUCACAGAGCCUAUUGCCAGGUGUAGGAGUACUGUCCAUUCUGGAGUGGGCCAGACCUCCAAGGUAUUCUGCCUGCUGUCCUGGUGAACCAUUGCCCAGUGGAGCAGCUACCUGUCUAGAGCAGCUGGGCUGUGAAGAGGCUUUGAGGUCCUGCCUGGCCAACCAUCUCUUCUAGGCCCUCAAGAUGCCAGCCUGGUUUGCGAGCAAAUGCAACAGAGAAGUUGAGGCUCAUCAAUUUCUCCAGAACACAAAUUCCUUUUAAGGCAACAUGUCCCGCCUCUCUCAACCAUAUAUGGGUAGCUUUUGGUGUAAUAGCUUCUGCAAAACAAGCUCCACCCAGAGCCAAGCUGUUUUUGACUUUGGCCUGGGCUUCCUGCCAGGGAAGGGCACCUGCCAGACAGGCUUAGGCCAGUCUCAGUGAGCUGGCCCUUGGUGUCUGCGAUUCCACUGCGGAGGAAAGGUUGUACAGCUCCACAAAACUACAGACUGGUCUAUAUAUAGGAAAAUGAGCUUGUAUGAAAGCUUUUGCAGGGUUCAACUCCUCAUUGCCUAGGGGCUGAGUGAUUCCCUCUGACCAGCGCUGAUCUUGGGGUUGAAAGGAGUCAGCAGGACUAAUGAAUAUUUUGAGAUACAACCACAUACGCCAGACAAGAUGUUCUGUUCAUCAGCCGCAGGUAGCGCCAAAGCCUCGCCUUUAUGCAAAUCUGAGAGAGUGCCGAUGGGACGUAUCCUGAAGCCUCUUGGCCCCGCCCACCCCGCUCAUUAGGACAUUUUCAUUGGCGAAUGGCACCAUGGGGCGUGGCCUAUCCCCAGUCCUCGCCCCUGGCACGUCUAUACAAGGGGGAGGUUCCGGCGCGCGCGUCUAGUCGGAGCCGAACCACUGCGCCGAGGGGUUCGGUGUGCUGCUGCUCCCCGAAAGAAGAUGAACGGGACGCGGAACUGGUGUACUCUGGUGGACGUGCACGCGGAGGGGCAGACCGCGGUAAGAAGAAGCGGCCAUACCGCCUCCCCCCUUGGUAUUCUCGGUUUCUGAUUCCGCCGCCCCGCGCCAGGUGCGGAGCUCGCCGACAUCCCCGGUGCCCCACUCGGUGCGACCUGAGGCCCCGAGGUGGCGGCGGCGGCGGUUCCGGGGAGUCGCGGAACGGAGACUUUUUUGAGGCUCGAGGGCUCUGGGCGCCCUGCCCCACCCGGGACUGGGCGUCGGUGCGCGACGGCAGUAACUUCAGCCUUUGGGCCGCGGGGCUCUGGGGCGGUGUACUCACCAGGCGUCGUGUGCGGAGUAGAUGGGGUCGUAGGAGAGUGAGCUCACGGGACGGGACCUCUGCGCUCUUUUGGACACUGUGUCGCGAAGAGGCGGGUGAGGCUUUCCUGUGGGCCCCGGUGACCUCGGAGUCCCUUCAAAGAACUUCAUGGUGCUUUGGGGGACCAAUUAAAAAAAAAAGGUGUAGAGGAUGAAAUGCCAGGGCUUUUCCUGUGUGGACUGGAGGAUGGGGGGCGUGUGGGAAGCGAUAGGACUCUCCGUCGAGACGAGCAUAGGACUCUACGUUUCCCUGUGGACAUUGCGGCUUUCUGCCUGGGGUCACUCCUCUCACAUUUCUCCUCCUUCCCCCUGCGGUUCUGCUUCCCUCCUUCCUUCCCCUUACCGGGUAACCGAUCGCUUCCUGGGACCGUUGGUUGGUUUUGCUUCCGUCUCCAGCCUCCAGGUCCGAGACAGGUUGAUGAAGGGGAUGCCUGAGACCGAGGUGAGAAAGGAAGGGAAGUGACCCACGCGAGGGGUUCUGGGGGAUGGGGGCGCCACCCUACCCCUCGCUUCCUGGCCUCCAGCCCUUGCUCUCCUACACGCUCCAGCUGACCAUAUGGCUUCUCCAGAGGCAGAGGGGACUAAUGUGUCCCAGAGUGUUUCUAGGCUCUUCUGGGGAUCUUAACCCAAGUGGGUGUAUACUAUUGUAUCGAUUUCCAAGCUGUUGUGGGUGAUAGUGAAAUGGGAGCCAAGGAAGCCCCCCCCCAUCUGAUACCCGUUUCCUGUACCUGCCUCGGCAUGUCCUUGAGGUAGAUAGAGCUAACCGAGCUGCUGCUGGAUUAGUACUCUUCUUCAAAAUAUAUUUGUAGAAUAGGUGCUCAUAUCAAGUUUAGGGUACAGAUGAUCAUUUAAUUCUGUUUACAGUCCCUUCUCCAUGUCCACCAAGGCUGUCAGUGUUUCUAUCACAUUACAGUACAGGUCUUGCUACUGCGGAGCCUCAGCGCCCCCAGCCCCCAGUCUUCUGUAGUCUUCCACUCUCCCAGCCAUGGACUCUGAGGAGAUAAGGGAAAUCCAUCUUUUAUUGUGUCAACCCCAAUUCCAAGUCCUGGUUAGUUCCACACUCUUGCUCACUGUUUUGGAAUGGUUAAAGCAAGGAAAAGGGCAUGAGGUAAAUAAAGGAGAUGGGUGUUUGGACUUCUUUUUGCUUGCUGAAGAAAAGAGAUCCAGAAAGAGGUCUAAGGCCAAGGUAUUGGCAAGGUUAAGAAUGAAUCAACAACACCCUCCACUAUCCCUUGAUAUUUCUUUAUCGUCGGGUGGGGCGGAAAGAGCAGUAGAAGCAGUGAAUGAGGCGUUCAUUCUCCGGCUACAGAUUAGUUUGAAGCUAAUCUGAGACCUCUAGAGCAAGGGGGAGACAGAAUUCUCUUUUAUUUCUUCUUUCUGUGCUGGGCUUGAGUUAUUUUACCCUAAAGCUAGGAAUGAAAUACUCAUUACCCAGAUCUGACCUGGGGUCUUAAAGAGGAGGAGAAGACGGUAAACAAUCAGUCAGGAGAGAGGCUUUGUCCUGAAUUCCUCUCCUGUGAGUCAGCUCUCGGAUAGAAUUUAUGGCUCUGGACAGUCCCCAGGAACCUGUCAUAUAAUCCACACCAUUGAAUGAACAGAUGUUUCUUCUGGGGUGGGCAGUGCGGGCAGUUGAACUGACUGGAGCUCCUGAUAGGAGUCAGGACCCUGGGCCUCUGUUGGUGUUUUCCCACUAGCCGGGCCAUAUCUUUUAGCGCACCACACAUGGAUAUGGAAGAAUGCAUAACAUACUCUGGGUUGUUUUUAUUGAAGGCAGAUGUAGCAGGUACAAGAAACCAGUGCUUUUCAAACUACAGAUCAUAACCAGUAAUGGGUCUGAAAUCAACUUAUUGAGUCCCAACCAGCCUUAAAAAAUGAUAAUAGAGAAUCAGCACUCUCAGAAUGUAUUGUCACGAGAGAGGGUAGGCCUUUUCCGCAAAACGUCUGUUUCAGUUGUAUAUAUGCUCACAUAUUAGAUAUAUAUUUGUGUGUUUAUUGGAUCAUGGUGCAAAAUGUACUUCUUAGGUGUAAAAAAGAAAUUUGCAAGCUACUGUAGUAAGUUUUACUGGCAAAUAAAAGAACAAAUAAAUCUCAAACUCAUUUUUAUUAGACAUUCCCAUUAGGUUCCUUUGGUUAUCAACAGCAGAGAGUGACUCCAGCUAACUUCAGCAGAAGAGGAGUUUAUGAGGAGGAAAUGGAGCAACUCACAGAAUUUAGGGGAAAGCUUAAGUCCAGACCAGGGGAGUCCUGGGAAGGGUAGGAUUUCUGCUUCUGUGUGAAUCGAUUCCAGCUGUUCUAGGUCUUUUUGUGCAAGAUUUUAGAGAGAGAGUCCCUCCCUUGGCCAGGGAAGGGCAGAGUUCAUGACUGACUGGUAAUCCACUAGAUUACCCAGUGAACCCAAAACCAAACCCAAAUGCCGUCCAGUUGAUUCCGACUUAUGGUGACCCUAUGUGAAGCGACCCAAUAAAGGAGGAAUAUUUUCCAAAGCAAAGCCCAAGUGCUGUUACCAGUGAACGUGAAUGGAAACUGUGGCAAAAGCAAGAGACAUUCAUUACACUAGACGUUGGCAUGGGUGAUUCUCUGAUAUUCUUUUUUUACAUCAUUUUUAUCUGAGGACUAUAUACGAAUGGUUUUAAAAUGAUCUAAUGGUAUCAAAGCCUUUUAAAAGAAAAUAGCAGUCCCCCACCCCAGUUCCUGCUCCAUGGAAGUAAUUAACCACUUUCAACUCUUUUAGCUACUCAUCUGGUGUUUACCUCACAUUUGUAAAUAAUAAGCUUAAAGCAAUAGUUCUUGAUUUAUCAGUUUUAGACAUCUAUUGACUUCCUGUUGUAGGAAUUAUAGUGUUAUCAACGUUACCCUUCUUUCGAAUAUUUGCAUUUUUUCAUCCUCUCUAUUUUUUUAUUUUGACUAGUCUUGGCCAGAGAGGUUCUCUUGAUGCCUGGGUGAAUUUGCUAUAGACUGAACUGUCUUUCCCCUGGAAUAUGUGUCAUUCCUUCAGGACUUAGAAACUG